CGCCAGGCGCGCACCAUGAAGGCACAGCUCGUCGUCCUGGCCGCGGCCCUGGCCCUGGCGGCGUGCGCCGCCACCAAGCCCAAGCCCGCCGUCGUGAACCCCAACAAGGGCCAGUUGGCCGCCCCCCACAGGCUAGGGGCCGACAACGUGAACGUGGCCGGGGCCGACUUGCUGUACUUGUUCGACAGGCCGCCGGAACCAGUCUUCACGCUCCGCGGAGUCAACCGCGACGUCGCCUACGAUGUCCCUGAGCAGUACUUGCCUGAGCGCUACAAGCAAGUGGCCGCCGCCAUCGCGGCCACGGCGCGCCAGAACGGCGUGCGCCUCAUCCCGGUGCCCUACGUGGACCUCACCGAGUACGAGGCGGCCUUCGCCGACGUGGAGGUGGCGCUGCCCUACCGCGACAAGAAGUACUCGCGCGCCGCGCCGCCCCACAUCACCAUCGCCGUCCGCUUCGAGCACUUUUUCCGCAACACCACCUCCAACGGCGAGCUGCUGGCGCGUGCCGUGUGGGCCCGCCUGCGCUACCACCCCGAGGUCGUCCUGGACGGGCUGCGCGCCAACCUGGUGCGCAAGUCCGGGGCGCAGCAGGGCGUGCAGAUGCCCGAGGUCACGCAGUACCACCCGGAGAUGUUCAUCGAUGACAAGUGGUUCUCCAAGGUCGAGGAGGAGAUGUACAUCGUCCCCGACGGCCAGCGGGUGGUGAUCCCCGUCCUGAGGAACGAGACGCAGACGGACACCGCCGAGGGCAAGAUUUGGUACUGGCUGGAGGACACCCACCUGAACGUGUUCCACUGGCGCUGGCACAUCAACUACCCGCCCGGCUACGACGACGACGAGUACGUCGACCGGGACCGCCGCGGCGAGCUCUUCGUCUACUUCCACCGGCAGAUGCUCGGCAGACUGAACGCGGAGAGGUUCGCCAACGGCGCGCCGCGCCUGCUGCCCCUGGAGUACAAGGAGCCCGUGGCCGAGGCCUUCUUCCCCCACAUGCUGGACCUGCACCAACGCAUAGGCUACCCCGCGCGCCAGGCCAACACCUCUCUGCUGCCCCAAGAGACAUCCAUCGCCCAACUUGACACGUGGCACGACCGCUACCGGCAGGUGCUGGAUCAAGGCUACUUCGUGACGCCCGAGGGCAACCAGAUCGAGCUGGUGGGCAUCAAGGGCCUCGACACGGUGGCCAACGCCCUGGAGGCCAACGCGCUGCUGUCGCCCAACCUGGACUUCUACGGCACCAUCCACAACCAGCUGCACGGCGUCAUGGGCAACGCGCACGACCCGCUCAGCCAGAACUUCGAGCCCAUUUCCACCAUGUCGGUGCUGCUGACGGUCCGCGAUAUCGGCUUCUACCGCCUGCACUUGCACAUGGACGACCUGUACGAGGAGUACAAGACCAAGUACCUGCAGCCCUACGAGAAGAACGAGCUGACGUGGGACUACGUGACCGUGACGGGCGUGUCCGUGACGUCCGACGUCACCAAGACCGUCAACGAGCUCCACACCUUCUGGCAGGAGUCCGACCUGGACCUGAGCCUGGGGCUGGCCUACACCCCCACCGGCAGGGUCUACGGCCGCUUCAGGCAUCUGCAGCACGAGCGCUUCACCUACCAGAUCCAGGUCACGAACACGGACCUGCAAGAGCGCAGCGGCCUGGUGAGGUUGUUUCUGCUGAUGGUGUCCGACGAGAACGGCCACGACCUGGACCUCUCCUUCGUGCAGCGCUUCGCCAUCGAGAUGGACCGCUUCGAAGUAGCCCUGGCGCCCGGCGAGAACAACAUCGUCCGCGAGUCGACGGCCACGCCGGUGACGCUGGACCAGGACGCCAUCUACUCGACGCAGUCCACGCUCUUCAACGCGCGCCGCGUCAACCAGUGUCGCUGCGGCUGGCCGCAGACCCUGCUCAUCCCCAGGGGCAACGAGACCGGCAUCACCUACAAGCUGUUCGCCAUGGUCACCGACUACUCCCAGGACAGGGCCCCUGCUUCCGCCGACGAGAUCUGCCACGACGGCUGGUCCUUCUGCGGCGUUCCGGGAAGCACCUACUACCCCGACAAGCGGGCCAUGGGCUACCCCUUCGACCGCGCCUUCCCCGCCGGCACCACCCUGGACUCGUUCCUCACGCAGAGCAUGGCCGUCCAGGACAUCGUCAUCAAGUUCGACGACUCCCGCGUCGACCCGCCGUCCGCGCUGCUCCCCGGGGCCAUCUCCACCUCCUGGAUGCCUUGAAGUUUUCCAAAAUAAAACCACAAACACAGCAA